AUGAGCAAGGCGGAAAAGAGGCCCGUUGAGGAAGACGUCGACUCUUCAGACGACGAAGCCCAAGCACCCCCGACCACCACCGGCAAGAAGUCCUCCCAAAAAGGGGACGAAUUCCAACGCAACAAACCCCUCGUCCUCCUCAGCGAAGAGCAGCGCGAGCAGCUAGCACGGGAAGAGGAAGAGGCCGCGCAAGUAGAUGCGGACGGGAACCCGAUAAAAAAGACAAAGAAGGCUAAGAAAGCCGCGGCGGCGGCCAAAGCGGCGGCGUCGGUGAAGACAAAAACGGGCGCUGUGUAUUUGGGACGCAUUCCCCAUGGGUUCUAUGAGGACGAGAUGAGGGGAUAUUUUACCCAGUUUGGGGAUGUUACGAGGUUGAGGCUUUCCAGGAAUAAGAAGACCGGCGCAUCCAAACACUUCGCCUUCAUCGAAUUCGCAUCGGAGGACGCCGCCAAGAUCGCCGCCGAAACGAUGGACGGAUACCUGCUCUUCAACUGCAUAUUACAAUGCAAAUUCGUACCCUCCGACAAACUCCACCCGGACAUCUGGAAAGGCGCGAACAAGAAGUACAAGCCGAUUCCGCGGGUCAAGAUCCAGCGGGAGCUGCACAACAAGCCAAAAACAGCAGAAUCCUACAGAACAACCGUCAAACGCUACCACGACCGGCAAGACGCCAAACGCGCGCGGAUGGCGGAGGCCGGGAUCGAGUACGCGUUCCCGGAGGUGUCGGAGCCCAUCGGGGUUGCUGACCCGGUCGGCGGGGACGAGAAGAACGCCGCUGCUUGA